AUGGAUGUCAUGCGGGUAUCCUGCCGGGUGAUUUAUGGCAACAAAGAAGGCUCCGUGCACAUGUGCCUUCCUAUCUACAUCGACGCGCUGGGAGCUUGCCACGCUGUGCACGGCGACAACCAGCUGCAGAGCUCUAUCGAGGAAGCCAUUAUCAGAAGCAUUUGCGAAGGCUCGCACAGCACGGAUGCGGCGACAGCAGCGGCGCUGAAGAGGAUGAUGGAACGGGUGGUGGAGAGGGCGUUGCAAAUGGAAGACAUUGUGGAAGAAAUCGUGGAGGACGCCGACAGACGUCGUGGCGUUCGCUCAUUUAUGAUGCGUCUCCGGAGCUCUCACAUGGAUGAAAAAGAUGCACUGCGUCGUGCCAUCCUUGCUGAUCGUGAGCUCCGCCGUCGUGCUGCUGCUCUUCAGACUAACAUCAUGCCCGGGGUCUUCCUCCUUCCACCUCCACCCAUGAUUCUGCUGCUUCCGUCUAACACUCUUGUCUGA